AUAGUUUUUAUAAAAAACUAAAAAAACAAUGCAUUUUGAUUUAAAUAUUAAAAUUCUUGCUUUAAAUUUUGUUUGCAUAUUUGACCUUUACAAUUUCUGUUUACACAAAUGUCAUUCUUUGCACAACAAUGAAUUAAUUCACUAAUGCAACAUUAUAUGAAUUGCUAGGAGGGGAGCAGAGCGGGUUAUGACUAAUACAGGUAGAGACAAACAAAAAAAGAAAUUAACAAGGCUAAAAAAAAAUAGUUUUUGUUUCUUAGUUAAAUCAAAAGGCGUCAUCAUGACAUGUUGGGUCACUGCAUGAGCCCGAACCUAGUGGAAGAAGCUUUUUUUUGAAGACUAAAAAAAAAAAAAAUUCUCACAGGGAUUCAUAGAUAAAUUAUGUUUUUUUCUACUUCUUCACAUGUAACAAAACGCUACGGCGACGAGGAAGAUUUUAAUAAAAGAGAAUCUGUUUUAUUUUCUUUAAGUCAAAAUUCGUCAAGUACUCCCUCAGAAAGCUUGCCUUCCAACACAUCAGGAAGUACACCUGAUUCCAUAGUAGACACAUCGACGUCACGUAAAACAAAACAACAACUUCAGCCGCCUUGUCGUGCAAUGACGAUUGAACUAUUAAAAAAAAACCUUCGAAACAUGGGUUCUGAUUCAACAAAAAUGUAUGAAGAAUCGGGCCCUGUUUCUCUUCUAGGUUGGCCCAUGCAUUUGAAAACUAUACAAUUGAAUAAGUCGGGAGAAUCACAGUUUAUGUUUUGUGAUGGUACAGGAAUAGUCAACGUUCGCCUGAUGCUUUAUAGUGAUAAUGAAGAGUAUCUCUCAAGACGCAUGGCGCAAUUAUUUGAUGUUUCUUCCAGCUCAUGUGUACCUUCAUGUUCUGAGCCUAUUUUAUAUCUUCGUGUUGUUGGAACUGUCGCUCCGGAUAUGAAAGACAGUACUACGUUAAGGUGUAUUCAUAUACGAAAAGCUAAAUUAGAAGAAAUAGCUUUUUAUCAUACAUUCGAUGUUAUUGACACAUUUUUACGACAGGAAAAAAAACAUUCAACAACGGUUGCGUCAACGACAGUUCUGCACUCUGAAUAUCAACGUGAAUUUCCAGGUGUUUCAAACCAAGCACUAAACCUUGAUCAUGUUCAAUUACCUGACACAUUUUCUUUGUGUAAAGAGAAUCCUUGUCAAUACACUGUGUUACAAUACAUAAUGAAACAUCGACAAAAAUAUAAAGGCGUGCUCUUAAAAGAUCUUUUUAAACAUUUUUCUGGCAUGUUUCAAGAACAAGAUUUACGCGACACUAUUCAAACGUUAACUGAUAUGGCAUUUUGCAUGGAGACGGACGAGGGUUAUGUGGACCUUGUCAUUGAUGAAGAGGAAGACUAAAAAAAAAUAGUGAACUAAAAAAAAAAUCGGUAA